CCUAAUUUAUUUUAUUUUACAGACUCAUUCCAUUAAUAUCUGAUAUUUAUUUGGACAUGUUUGUAAAAGCUAUAAGUAAUGUUUGUUGUCCGUUUACUCAACUCCUAGAAUAUAUAAGUGGUGUGGAAGAGAGUUUAAAAACAAAUUGUUUGAGUAUGAUUAAAUUGGCAUUUGAAAAUGUAUUUAAGAACUGUUUUAUUACUGAAGAAAACCAACAUUUCAAAGGAAAGGAAUUUAAAACAUUGGAUAUAUUUAAAGAUAAUCUUAAAUACAUUUUUGACAAAUUCCAAUCAUCUAAUAAUUCCAAUCUAAAUGAUAUUUGUAUAGCAUUAAUUGAAAUUAAAAAACAAGUAGAUACUCAUAAAAAUCAUUACUACAGUAGAAAACUGUCUACUAAUUUAAUUAAUUAUUGUCCAUGGCUAGCUCAGUAUUCUAAUCAUAAUAUAGACACUAUUGAAAUUCCAGGACAGUAUUCUGGAACAAAAAAACCUAAUAUUGACAAUCAUAUUACUAUUGCAUCAUUUAAACCAAAUGUUCAAGUAAUAUUUUCAAUGAGAAAUCCAAUUAAAAUUACCAUGGUAGGGAACAAUGGUGAAAAAUAUAGUUUCUUAAUAAAAUUUGGUGAAGAUUUAAGGCAAGACCAAAGAAUUCAACAAUUACAUAAAGUAAUAAAUGAUGCAUUGUCAAACAAUGCAUAUUGUUGUGACAGAAAACUGUCAGUUUUGACUUAUAUAGUGUUUCCAAUAUCAACAAAAUUGGGUAUGAUUGAAUGGAUUAAUAAUACAGUCACAUUAAAAGAUUUAAUUUGUGAAUCUUUUCCUGGUGGUAAAGAAUCUGGAAUAAAACAAUUACAGUCUAAAGUUGUAGAACAUUAUCGUUGGCUGUCUGAAAAGUCUAUAUCAUCAAACAAGAUGGUUGUCUAUGCAGAAGCAACUAUAAAUAAUAAUAGUAUGGUUACUGUUGCAAAAUUUAAACAGCUUGUCCAAUCAAUCCCUGAUGAUAUAUUAAGGAAAUCUUUAUUAAACUUAUGUUAUUGUGCUGAAACAUAUAUUUGCUUGAGAUCAAAAUUUAUAACCAGUUUCUCGGUACUUUCAAUUUGUCAUUGGCUGUUGGGAAUCGGUGAUAGACAUCUAGACAACACAAUUGUUUCAACAAAAACAGGAUUUUGUAUAGGGAUUGAUUUCAAUUUUGCAUUUCACACUGCAACUAGUAUACAAGUAAUACCUGAACUGAUACCAUUUAGAAUGUCUCCUCAUAUUGUUUCUUUAAUGACACCACUAAAUUUAACAGGUUUUAUUCGUGAAACAAUGGUGCAUACAUUAAAAACUCUAGUUGAUAACCGAGAUAUGUUACUAUCUGUGAUGCAAGUUUUUAUUAAUGAUCCUUCUGCAGACUGGGCAAAAAUGGCCAAAACUGAAACUUUAAGAAUUGAUAGUGACUUUAACUCUAAAGAAAUACAAUGGUUUCCUAAAAAAAAAAUACUCUCUGGUAAAGACAAAAUGAAUGGCAUUAAUCCUAUUGAAAUAUUAUGUCGUGAGCUUGAGAAUUCUUGUAUACCCAACGAUUACAAAAAAGCAUUGCUUAACAUACUUAAAAGUGAUUCUCAAAACAGUACAUACAAAAGGUCAAAACUACAAAAAUUUAAUAUCACACAUAAUCAACAGAUCGAUUGUCUAUUAGAUAUUGCCACCGACCAUCAAAUUUUAUGUCUAGCCUAUAGCGGUCUUCAACUUUGGGUUUAAUUUAAACUCUUUUUUUUUAUAAUUUUAUUUUUAUUUUUAUACACUUAUUGUUUUAUUAUUUAUCUGUAAUAGUUAGAUUU